GUUUGCCAUGGUGGGCACGGCGCGCCCGUCACGGUACUCGGACGACCGGCUUUCGUUUUUGAGCUCGGUCCGCAGCAGCGCUCGGCAUCUGCCAUUUGACGACGAUGCCAGCUUCGAGCCUGUCAAGACGCCCACGGACCUCGAAGGCGGCGCGCUCCGCAACGGCGACGCACCGUCCGCCACGUCGCCCGAGAUCCUUGCGCUCCUCUUCCAGUACGCGUGCAUUGGCAUCGUGGACGGCGGCAUCUACGGCAUGACGUACCCGAUUCUCACGGGCUACUUCCAGCUCGAAGGCAAUGUGCUCAACUCGGCGACGGCGCUCAUGGGCCUCGGCUGGUCGCUCAAGGUCUUCUUUGGCCUCCUCACCGACUGCGUGCCGAUCUGCGGCUACCACCGCAAGCCAUACAUCCUACUUGGGUGGACCCUCACGGCGCUGCUACUGACGAUUGUCGCCUGCAAGCCCGCGGGGGCGCCCGCGCCAGACCCGAGCGCGAAUGCCAAUGGCACGACGCUCGCGCUCCUCUGCGCCGUCGGUUGCUUUUUCUACAUCAUGGCCGACGUCGCGCAGGACGCGCUGCUGGUCGCGUACGCCCAGCGCGAGCCGCUCGUGACGCGCGGCCGGCUCCAGUCGAUGGUUUACGCGGUACGCACCGUCUGCUCGGCAGGGAUCACGGCGAUCUACGGCUUUUGCCUCAACUCGACGCGCAUGGCCGGCACAUACGACUGGGACAUUGGCGUCAACGGGUACUUUUGGAUUUUGGCCGCCACUUCGAUCCUCAACGUGCCGAUCGUGUGGCUUUUCAUUCGCGACACGAAAGCGACGCAGCCCGUGUCGGUCGCGAAUUACUUGGCGCGGCUCUGGACGCUCGCGCAGAAGCGCGUCGUGUGGCAGGUCAUGGUCUUCAUCUUCCUCUUCUCGCUCUGCAACUCGUACAUCAACACGACCGCCGCGCCGUACGUGGCACUCUACUGGGCCAAGGUCGAGACGCUCAACGCAGCGCUGACAAGCAUUCUGGGCAGCCUCAUCUUUGCCAGCGUGCUCGCGGCCACGGGCAAGUAUGGCACCCAGUGGAACUGGCGCUACGUGCUCGUCAUCACGGCCGUUGGAGCGAAUGUGAUUGAUGCGCUCGUGGUAUAUUGCACCAUCUACGACGUGCUCCGCAGCCAGUGGUUCUUCCUCGGCGUCCCGCUCACGACGCAGCUGCCGUUGGGCAUCAACUUUGUCGUUGGCACGUUUGUCAUCAUCGAGCUCGCCGAAGAAGGCAGCGAAGGCGUCAUGUACGGCCUUUUGACGACGAUCGCGAAUCUCCCCGGCGUCUUUGGCCCGCUGCUCACCAACGUCCUCGACGCCCACUUUGACGUUGGGAGAGAGCGCAUUGCGCUCGAUGCGCCCGAGACGCGGAACAACGUCGCGUACACGUAUGUGAUCUCGUACGCGGCGACGGGUCUCGGCUGCCUCUGCGUCUUUCUCUUGCCGAGCCAGAAGGCCGCGGUCGCCGACCUCAAGGCACGUGGCGGCAGCUACCCGCGAGUGGCCAGUGUCAUUUACUUUGCCUUUUUUGUCAUUUUGGCCACGUCCGUGACGGGCACGAUGGCGUCGAUGUUUGAUACCACGCGCUGCCUUCGCCUCGCCGGCGGCAGCGGCUGCGACGAAGAGCCCUCCCAAUUGUACCUUCUCGGUAUCAUCGUACCUUCCAGCGGCGCGCUUCUCACUCUGCUAGCGCUGGCGCUGCGGGCCACGCCUGUGUAGACUAAAUUCUUCAUUUACUGUACGUGUAGUACCAAGGGAACAGAACAGUACCUACCUUAGUCGACCGUCUUCUC